GUGUGUGUGUGUGUGUCAGUGUCAGUGUCACCGAUCUGACUGAGUGUGUGUGUGAGUCAGUGACAGUGUGUGAGUGAGGGUGACAGGCAGCCAAUCAGCUGCUGCGCUGCUCCCUGCUCCCUCCUCCUCUGCUGCUCUGCACCCACAGCUGCGUCGAGCCUCAACACCCGAACACGUCCAUCUCAUCCAGCUCCUGCGUCAGCGAACAUGUCUCAUCAGGCAGAGUUUGAGAAGAUGGCAGAUGAUGUGAAGAAGGUGAAGACGAAGCCCUCCGACCAGGAGUUGCUGGACCUGUAUGGGCUUUAUAAGCAGUCGGUGGUUGGAGACGUUAACGUCGAUCAACCAGGAAUGUUAGACAUGAAAGGAAAAGCCAAGUGGAACGCCUGGAACUCCAGGAAAGGAAUGUCCAAGGAUGAUGCCAUGUCAGCCUACAUCACCACCGCAAAGGAAGUCAUCAGCAAAUACGGGCUGUAGAACUGAAGAGGCAGAACUAAUGCGAACAACUAAUGCUAACUCCAAUACUAAAACAAUACUGUCCUACAUAACAAGUAGCCUUCUGCUGUCAGAGGCCAUAUUUCUACCGGAUAAUGUGAAAUUUUAGAUUUUGUUUUUUUGCUGUGAUUUAUUUCUUCUUGAUAUGUUGUUUGUGUUUAUACAGGUAAACUAAGAAACGUCUAUGCAUCCUCUGAUAAUAAAACAUUAACUUUGCUUUUUAAAAUUGCUGUUUUAUCUCAUUUAUGUUGUUUACAGGUAUAAUCCACAUGUGCACAGCAAUAUUUCGCAAACUUGUGCAUUUUGAUAUGUAACUUGAUAACAAUAAAAACUGUGUAAUGUCAACAUUGUUAACUGCACAAGUUUGUAAAUUAAAUCUCUUUCUCCUCUA